AUGGUCACAGUGGUGGACCCUGAUGCUCUAGGAGCAUUCUUUAUUCUCACCCCACCGCCUACCUAUGACUGGAACGAUCCCCUGAACGAGCCUUCCUUCAUUGGAAUUUUGACCAAGAUAACUUUCCCCGAGCUAUGCAACCUAAUCCUGAAGCACAUCGCACCAGGCAGAGCAUUGAACCACGCUUUCUCUCACAUUGAGGAAGACGAUUACAGUAUGAUCGAUCUUCCUGCAGAGGAUUCAGAUUACGAGGAGGGAAGGCAUCGCAUAAAUACAAAAGGACUGAGGGAUGCUAUCGACGAUUUAGACCCCAAAUACCUUAGGAAGUAUCCUUUGAGUGUGGGGGUUACUGACCCAAACUUCGUACAGGAGAUCAUCUGGACGCCUGCUGGGAUAGUAGUCAAGAGAGCUGCUGAUGCACUCGCGGCUUCUGGGGAGGAGGUGGAGGAGGUGGAGGAGGUGGCAGGGAUAGUGGAGGACCAGCUGGAGGUGGUUGUAGUGGUGGAGGUGAUGGGUCAGCAGGAGGCGGUGGAGACGGUGGUGGUGGUGAUGGUGGUGGGCAUCAUUAGUCUCCUUGAAGCACUCGCGACUGCUACUGAGAUGGAGGAGGUGCGGUACAAUUUUAUGUUUUGGAUUUCCUUUGUCUUGCGAUUUCCCGAACUUCUUCCUUACUCGUGCUAUGCGGUUACAACAGUCCCAGGAGUAACAGGCCCAACAACAGGCUCAGCAACAGACCACUCAGCAAGCCCAACAGGCUCUACUAGUACUCCCUCACCAGCACCCGUCAGGGUUCCACCGAAGGCUCUUGCACCGGAGACCCCUACAUUCAAGCCCCGAUACUCCUCUCGGUUAUUUUCUAGUACACGGCGGUCCGAGCUAGUGGACUACCCCUCACUAAUUACUCAAGGAACCAAAGCGAAGAUGACUUUAUGUUUACUCAACCUAUCUAAAGUGUACACCGGUAUCUACAAUGGCCUAAAGAUGGAAUUGCAAAAUGUAGGUUGGGUCAAUAAAAACACCUCCGGAUUGGCUGCAUUUAAUGCCUCAUGUCUCUACUUAAUAAACCUGCCCUCCCUCAAUGGCUCUCUAGCAAUUUGGGCUAGAGGUAAAUCCGAUGCCCAUGGAGCAGGGGCGAGAGCUCUACAGUCACUCAUCGCGAAUGUUGGUACCAAGAAUAAGUUACUAAGGGGACAGGAAGACCGUCAGUUCAAAGAUGCUAUUGGUAAUAGUGAUGAUGAUGAUGAUGGUGGUGAAUCCCCCCCAUUCAACUCGGCUUUAACUCACGUUGAGGAAAAUGAUUAUAGCAUGAUCGAUAUUCCUGCUGAGGAUUCGGAUUACGAGGAGGGAAAGCACCAGAGAAAUGCCAAAGAAUUGAAGACUCUUGUUAGGUAUCGGGAUAGACAGCAGGAUGCUAUCGACAAUUUUGACUGCAAAUACGUUAGGAAGUAUCCCUCUGGUGUCGAGAUUGUUGACUCAAACUUCUUAUAG